AAUGAAUGAAAAUGAAGCAGAAGAAGUAGAACAAAGAAGAGUUGCAAGAAGAAUGAGAAGAAGAUUAGAAAGAAAUCCAGAUGAGAUACCUAGAGUUAAGGAUCAAACUGGUGUUUCACUUCAAGAACAGAUGGUUAAAUUUGUAGAAGACUUUGUUGAAGACAUUACUGAAGAAACUCCUGCUUCUGCUCCUUCUCAAUCACCUGAGAAGAGGGUCAAGAAGAUUCACCCUUAUGUCGAACAAGUCAAGUCUAUGAUGAGGCUUCGAACCACUACAUUAUACGUAGAUUAUUCACAUCUAUUAUCAACCGAAAUCUCCCUUGCCAAUGCUAUCAGAGAUCAAUAUUAUCGUUUCCUUCCCUUUCUCAAACAAGGAAUCCAAUCCUUAGUAAAAAAAUAUGAUCCAGAUUAUCUACAUAUAAACAAUCAAACUCAUUCACCAAAUUCAACAGGUUUAAUUAAUCGACAAUUUAAUUUAGCUAUAAGUAAUUUACCAUUAGUGAUUGGUAUUCGAGAUUUAAGAACUGAAAAGAUUGGAAAAUUAAUGUCAAUUGGUGGUACGGUUACUAGAACAAGUGAAGUUAGACCUGAAUUAAUCUUUGGUACAUUUCUUUGUGAAGAAUGUAAAACGAUUGUAAAAGAUGUUGAACAACAAUUUAGAUAUACAGAACCAAAUAUUUGUCCAAAUAUUCAAUGUAAUAAUCGAACAGAUUGGAAACUUUCAAUUGAACAAUCCAUUUUUUCAGAUUGGCAAAGAGUUCGAAUUCAAGAAAAUUCAAAUGAGAUUCCAACCGGUUCAAUGCCAAGAUCAUUAGAUGUAAUCUUACGUGGAGAGAUGGUAGAAAAAGCAAAAGCAGGAGAUAAAUGUGUUUUUACUGGUACCUUUAUUGUUGUACCUGAUGUGGCUCAAUUAGGUUUACCUGGUGUUAAUACUGAAAUGAUCAGACAUGCUGGUGAUAAUGGUGGGAAGGGUGGUGGUGGUCCUGCUACUAUGGGUGUUAGUGGUUUGAAGGUUCUUGGUGUAAGGGAUUUAACGUAUAAGACAGCUUUUUUGGCAUGCAUGGUUCAAAGAGCAGAUUCGAGAGUAUAUGUGGUGAGUGAUAAUCAAGAGACCCGAAGAGAAUUCCUUACUGCCUUGACAGAUCCUGAAGUAGAAGAACUUCGAGAAAUGGUGAAUGCAAAAGACAUUUAUUCAAGAUUAGUUAGAUCAAUUGCACCUACAGUCUAUGGUCACGAAAUCGUUAAAAAAGGAAUUCUAUUACAAUUAAUGGGAGGAGUUCAUAAAACAACACAUGAAGGUAUUAAUUUAAGAGGAGAUAUCAAUUUAUGUAUCGUUGGAGAUCCUUCAACUUCUAAAUCUCAAUUUUUGAAAUACGUUUGUGGAUUUUUACCAAGAUCAGUUUAUACCAGUGGAAAAGCCUCAUCAGCUGCAGGUUUAACAGCAGCAGUAGUCAAAGAUGAAGAAACUGGCGAAUUUACAAUCGAAGCUGGAGCAUUAAUGUUAGCAGAUAAUGGAAUUUGUGCGAUUGAUGAAUUUGAUAAAAUGGAUAUUUCAGAUCAAGUUGCAAUUCAUGAAGCAAUGGAACAACAAACGAUUUCGAUUGCAAAAGCUGGAAUUCAAGCUACUCUUAAUGCUAGAACUUCAAUUUUAGCUGCUGCUAAUCCUGUGGGUGGUAGAUAUAAUAAAAAAAUGUCAUUAAGAGCUAAUGUGGCGAUGAGUGGUCCGAUUAUGAGUCGAUUUGAUUUGUUUUUUGUCGUUUUGGAUGAAUGUAAUGAGGAUGUGGAUUUUGCUAUCGCUAGUCACAUCGUCAACGUACAUCGGUUUAGGGAUGCUGCUAUCACUCCGGAAUUUUCUACUGAUGCUCUGCAGAGGUAUAUUCGUUAUUGUCGAACUUUUAAUCCUAAACUUAGUCCGGAGGCUUCAGCCUUACUAGUACAAAAGUAUCGAGAUCUGAGACAAGAUGAUUCUCAGGGAUGGGGAAGGAAUUCUUAUCGAAUCACUGUUCGUCAAUUAGAAAGUAUGAUUCGUCUCAGUGAAGCUAUUGCACGUGCUCACGGUAUGGAAAUGAUUACCCCUGCAUUUGUACGCGAAGCUUACAACUUGCUCAGACAAUCCAUCAUACAUGUCGAAAAAGAUGAUAUCGGUCUUGAUGAUGAUGAAUAUAAUGUACCAGAAGAAGUAGAAGAAGCGAUGGCCAAUAUGGAACUAGAAGCGCAAGCUGAAACAGAUCCCAUUACAAACACAGAUAUGACAGAUCCAAGCUCCACACCCGCACCCGCACCCGCACCAGCACCAAAAGUGAAAAGAAAACCAACAGUUUCAUAUGAUAAGUAUAUGGGUAUGAUGUCUUUGAUCCUUAGUAAACUUAAUACAGUUGAAAGAGAAACUGGAGAUGGAAUGAAACGAUCUGAACUUAUAGCUUGGUAUUUAGAAGAAAUGGAAUCUAAUUUAUCAAAUAUGGAAGAAUUUGAAAUGGAAAAAGAAUUAAUUGUCAAAGUAUUGAGGAGACUAGCCAAAGAAAAAUGUUUGUUAGAAGUCAAGGGUCAAGGUUUGAAAGAUGAUAUGAUAGAUGAAGAAGAGAAGAAUGAAAAUGUGGAAGAUGUGAUGUUAUUAAUUCAUCCUGAAUGUAAUAUGGCAGAAAUCGUUUGAAAGUUUUCGAUUUAAAUUUUGUAUAUUUUUCUUCUAAGUUUGGAUGUAAAAGUGAUGCAUGGUUCUUUGAAAGUUUUUCUUUUUUUUUGAUUACAGUUGAAAUCAUUUGAUUAUUUUUUCAAAAGGAAAUUCAAGUCUAUAUACUCC